AUGGGUAAUCUACCGUCGUAUCGUGUUCAACCGGCGCCGGCCUUCACUCGAACUGGGAUUGACUUCGCUGGUCCAUUUUCAACCAAAUCGACCACACAGGCAAGGCGGCCGAUGGUAACGAAGGGCUAUGUGUGCCUGUUCGUUUGCAUGAGCACGAGAGCCAUACAUAUUGAGCUGGUGUCAAAUCUAUCGUCGGAGGCAUUUUUGGCAGCGUUGAGAAGGUUUGUUAGCCGACGGGGACUAACGUCUACGAUCUUUUCGGACAAUGCAACGAAUUUUGUGGGUGCGGAUGGCGAGCUGGAAGAGUUGAGACGACUUUUUGAAAGCGACCUACAUCAGAAGCAACUGAAUCAGUUCUAUAGCAGUAAGGGAAUUGAUUGGCGAUUCAUCCCCCCUCGUAGUCCACAUUUUGGUGGAAUAUGGGAGGCGGGGGUAAGGUCCAUCAAGCAUCAUCUAAAGCGGAUCGUGGGCACUCGUCGUUUAACGUUUGAGGAACUGUAUACAACAUUAACACAAAUUGAAGCGGUCUUGAAUUCAAGGCCGUUGACGCCAGUUUCUGAUGACCCAAGCGAUCUGACUGCCAUUACGCCUGCACAUUUUUUGAUCGGAAGAACAAUGCAGGCUAUUCCCGAACCAUCCUAUCUCAACCUCAGGGAGUCGACGUUAUCAAGAUGGCAGCUAGUUCAGAGUAUGCAACAACAGUUCUGGAAAAGAUGGACUACUGAAUAUCUACCGGAAUUGCAAAAUCGCCAGAAGUGGCAUCAUCUGACCAAGAUCAAACCUGGAGCCUUAGUAUUGCUGAUUGACAAAAAUGCUCCGCCAGCGCAGUGGCUUCUAGGACGUAUUGUAGCGCUGCAUACUGGACAGGACAACGUUACUAGAGUCGUGACGGUCAAGACUAAUAGGGGAGAAUGCAAACGUGCCGUAACGGAAAUUUGUCUUCUACCAUUGGACGACGAUCAAGAUCUGGACCGGAAGGAAGUGUUGAAAUCCUAG